AAUGAUUGUCCAAGUGAAAACAGAGCGAGGGCGAUUGGGAAAUACUGAAUGACUCGAGAGCAAUGAAGACGCAGGAGAGUCAACAUAUCAGUUACUUGGUCUUUCAUGAUCAUCUCAUUUUCUUUCUUUAAGAAUCCUGCGGCUCAACAGCUUCACAUCCCUCUCAGCCAUUUACUGUUGAGGAUUGCGGUUUGUGUUGAAUUGGCUGCUGGAUUACUAUCUGCAGAGAUUGUCUCUGAGAAGGUUCGAUCAUCGGGAGGUUUUAGAUGUCUCUCGUUCGUCAUCUUCGACAAAUUCAAAGGUGUGAAACAAGAUCCUUGACGAGGGUGCGUAUAUUUUCUUGACAGUCUUGAUUCUUAUCAUCUUCCCAAUUUAAUGCUGCCACAAUUCUUUAAAUUUCGAUAAAGGUCGAUUCUUGAUACUGGGUUUGUAAGCAUUCUUGCGUUUCUGGCUACUCCGAAUUCCGAUGGCUAGCCCAACACAACCAGAUGUUGGGUCCUCCACCAGUGUCUCCCCUUUUAAUCCAGACAGACAGAAUCCUUACCAUGAGAAAAGUCCAAUUGUCCCUCCCCCUCCAAGUUUUGCUUCACCACCUAGAUUUCCUCCUCCCAAAUUACAACAAGAUCAAGCACCUUCACCUUCCAUGAGGACCCCACCCCUGUUAUCACCAGCCAACGGUGUUAAAACAGGCAGUCCUGUUCCGCAUUUGAGCACUCCCCCUGGACCUCCUGUUUUUAUUAGACCUGUCCGUCCAGCUGCUGUCCCUUUUCGCACAUCUCCUGCAUCACCUCAGCCAGUUGCUUUAUCUUCGGGCUCAUCUUUGCCAACUUCAUCGUCGCCUCAAUUUUCAAAUGGAUCAUUUGAGUUGCAGCACCGAGCUUCCGACGUCAGAGAAGACCAAGCUCCUUUUGGGGAAUCUUCAUUUGUUCUUUUCUCGGCCCAUAAGGUAUUGAAGCAGAAAAAACUAGCAAAUGUACCCAGUUUAGGUUUUGGGGCAUUAGUCUCUCCUGGAAAGGAAGUCCCAACAGGCCCUCAAGUAAUUCAACGUGAGCCCCAUCGCUGCCAAAGCUGUGGAGCUUAUGCAAAUAUUUAUUGCAACAUUUUGAUUGGAUCAGGCCAGUGGCAGUGUGUAGUAUGUCGGAAACUGAAUGGAAGUGAUGGCGAGUAUGUUGCCUCCAGCAAGGAAGACCUUCGCAGAUUUCCAGAACUUUCAUCACCCAUGGUUGAUUAUGUGCAAACUGGGAAUAAGAGACCUGGUUUUGUUCCAGUUUCAGAUUCGAGAAUGACUGCACCAAUUGUUCUUGUGAUAGAUGAGUGCUUAGAUGAACCUCACCUACAUCACCUACAGAGCUCAUUGCAUGCUUUUGUUGAUUCACUGCCCCCUACAACAAGGAUAGGCAUUGUACUCUAUGGCCGCACUGUGUCAGUUUAUGACUUUUCGGAGGAGUCAGUUGCAUCUGCUGAUGUGCUUCCUGGGGACAAAUCACCAACCCAAGAAUCUUUGAAAGCAUUGAUUUAUGGUACUGGUAUAUACUUGUCACCAAUGCAUGCCUCACUUCCUGUAGCACAUGCCAUUUUCUCAUCAUUGAGGCCAUACAAGCUGAACAUGCCUGAAGCUUCCAGGGAUCGGUGUCUAGGUACUGCUGUUGAGGUUGCUCUUGCUAUAAUUCAGGGACCUUCUGCAGACCUGUCCCGAGGGGUAGUAAAAAGGUCAGGGGGCUACAGCAGAAUUAUUGUCUGUGCCGGUGGACCCAAUACUUAUGGCCCUGGAUCUGUUCCUCACUCUUUUAGUCACCCUAAUUAUCCUCACAUGGAAAAGACAGCAUUGAAAUGGAUGGAAAAUCUAGGUUGUGUGGCUCAUAGUCAUAAUACUGUGGUUGACAUUUUGUGUGCUGGAACAUGCCCUGUCAGAGUUCCUAUUUUGCAGCCUCUUGCAAAAGCAUCAGGUGGUGUUUUGGUUCUCCAUGAUGAUUUUGGGGAAGCUUUUGGUGUUAAUUUGCAAAGGGCAUCUGCCAGAGCAGCAGGCUCCCAUGGUUUGUUGGAAUUACGUACUUCAGAUGAUAUUCUUAUAACCCAAGUUGUGGGCCCUGGUGAAGAGGCACAUGUGGACACCCAUGAAUUCUUUAAAAAUGACAGUGCACUUUAUAUUCAGAUGCUGAGUGUCGAAGAAACUCAGAGCUUCUCUAUAUCCAUGGAAACUAAAGGAGAUAUCAAAAGUGAUAGCGUGUUUUUCCAGUUCGCAAUUCUGUAUUCAAAUGUCUAUCAAGCUGAUGUAUCGAGGGUGAUGACUGUUAGGCUACCAACUGUAGAUAGUAUUUCAGGAUAUCUUGAGAGUGUUCAAGAUGAAGUGGCAGCAGUCCUCAUUGCAAAGAGGACUCUACUACGUGCAAAAAACUAUUCUGAUGCAAUUGACAUGCGAGCCACAGUAGACGAAAGAAUCAAUGACAUUGCUAUGAAAUUUGGCUCCCAAUUACCCAAGUCAAAACUUUAUCGUUUCCCAAAGGAGUUAUCUCUCUUACCUGAGCUCCUUUUCCACCUCAAAAGGGGGCCACUAUUGGGAAGCAUCAUUGGUCAUGAGGAUGAGAGGUCUGUGCUACGAAGUCUGUUUUUAAAUGCAUCAUUCGAUCUAUCACUCCGAAUGGUUGCUCCUCGCUGUUUAAUGCACAGGGAGGGGGGGACUUUUGAGGAGCUACCAGCUUAUGAUCUUGCUAUGCAGUCUGAUGCUGCUGUUGUUCUUGAUCAUGGCACUGAUGUCUUCAUUUGGCUGGGUGCUGAACUUGCAGCUGAUGAAGGAAGAAGUGCCGCUGCAUUAGCUGCUUGCCGAACAUUAGCUGAGGAGCUUACUGAAUUGCGUUUUCCAGCUCCCCGUAUCCUCGCAUUUAAGGAGGGUAGCUCACAGGCUCGGUAUUUUGUUUCUCGUCUCAUCCCAGCACACAAGGAUCCUCCUUAUGAGCAGGAGGCACGAUUCCCACAACUUAGGUCAUUGACACCAGAGCAACGGACGAAGCUAAAAAGCAGUUUCCUUCACUUUGAUGAUCCUAGUUUCUGCGAGUGGAUGAGAAGUUUGAAAGUGGUACCACCAGAAGUUAGUUGAUCGAUCUGCUGGGUAGCCUAUGGGGUUCAAUUACCCUCCAGAUGAUCUUGGGAGCUGCAUCUUCCCAUCAGAGCAGGCCUUUCGUUUUCUAUGAUUUCUGGCUCUGUUGCCGGUGAGGAGGAGCUUUGUUUAGAUGAUUUAUCAAAUGUUGUGUUGAUCUUCAAAUGUCAUGUCUUCUCCACCUCCCGAAGAUUUUGUUCACCUCCAGAGUCCAAAUUGCAUCUGUACCGUUGUAACCAAUCUUUCUCAAUGGCUGCGACUAAGACUGGAAAAAGGUUCAUUUUUUUCCUUAAUUUUUAUGACGUCAAUUUUUAUCAUAAAGCAAUAAAGGAUUUCUGUUUAUUUAUAUUUAAAGCUUUAUUGAAGGUU